CUGCACUGACGCUGCAACGUCUACGUACAAGAAGAAGAUAGAUUUUGACGUCAACGCGUUUGAGCAUGCCUAUUACGCUCGAACAUAAACAAAGGCAGGACGCUGCGCUGCAAUAAAUAUACUCUCCUGUAAUUUUAUACACUAUCAGUACCGAAAAUAGGAGCGCGACUUAUUUUUGUGACCAUGGAAAACGCAUUAUUGAUGCGAGUGAGUGUGUUUACCGACCAAGGAGGCAGGAAAUACAUGGAAGAUGUGACCGAGGUCAUAGUAGAGCCUGAGCCGGGAGAAGAUGAGCCGUCGUCGGGUGAGCCAGAAGAGAGCAGUGGGGGAGACUGGACGGUCACUUCUCUGGCUAGGGACACGCAUCCCGACCGGACUGGUGAAACCGUGGGGUCCCCGCAGGUUCUCGAUGCAUCACGUGAAGCUGUGCGAACGGAAGACCAAAGUUCCUCAGUGGAAACAUCUUUACCGGGAGGUCAGAGCCCGCCGCGAGCUCAGCCGAGCACCGCGAGUCCUUCCCGCCGUUCCGUUGCCUUCUUCGCGGUGUUUGACGGGCACGGGGGUCGCGAGGCAGCGCAGUUUGCACGAGACUAUUUGUGGGAGUUCAUGAAGAAGCAGCGGGGGUUCUGGUCAGACUGUGACCGGGAGGUCUGCUCUGCCAUACGCAAAGGAUUUGUAGCCUGCCACCACGCUAUGUGGAAAAAGCUACCUGAAUGGCCAAAGACACUUACGGGCCUUCCCAGCACAUCAGGCACAACAGCCAGCGUAGUGGUCAUCCGAGGAACCCGGAUGUAUGUGGCCCACGUUGGGGACUCGGCAGUGGUUCUAGGGGUCCAGGAUGACCCUUCAGACCCGUACAUCAGAGCUGUCGAAGUCACACAAGACCACAAACCCGAACUACCCAGAGAGAGGGAGCGCAUUGAAGGUCUGGGAGGGAGUGUGAUCAAGAAAUCUGGAGUGAACCGGGUCGUCUGGAAGAGGCCAAGGCUGAGUCACAACGGCCCGGUCCGUCGGAGCACCGUCAUUGACCAGAUACCGUUCUUGGCAGUAGCACGAGCUCUAGGUGACCUGUGGAGCUAUGACUUCUACAGUGGGGAGUUUGUGGUUUCUCCAGAGCCAGACACUAGUGUGGUAACCCUUGACCCCAGAAAACACCGCUACAUCAUACUGGGCAGCGAUGGUCUUUGGAACAUGAUGCCACCUCAAGAGGCUAUCUCCAUGUGUCAGAACAAUGAUGAGGCAAUGGCACCAUGUGGGGUAUCGAGUGCCCGGCAGCUGGUCAGCCAUGCUCUCCUGCGGUGGCGCCAGCGCAUGUUGCGUGCUGACAACACCAGCGCCAUCGUAAUUGCCCUGCAGGAGCCUGGAACCUCCCAGGACACCCUGCACCAUGAGGAAGUGCUGCUCGACUUAGCCAAGGUGUCCCAGUGUCCUCCCACCUCCAUAUCUCGCGCUGACACUCCUCUCCUUCAGCGGCCUCCAGAGGAAGACUCUCUCUCUGCCAUGUGUGAGCUCCUCCCUGCCUUGGAGCGACGGGAUGGACUAUCAGGAAGAAACAGCCUGUACCACAUGAAUCUGUCUGACCCGUUCACUUUGACUCCGCUGUGUCCAAACAGUAGUACUGAGCUGCCCAGUCAGUCCAGUCCCACUGACAGGACAGUUGGCAACAGGACGCCCAACAGCAAAAGAACUACUGACGGAUCAUCAUCACCGUCGUCAGGUCAGUCGGCUAAGAAAGCCCGUCGCAGGACUUCCGACAGGCUGCCACUGGUCCAACACAACGCAGAGAAGAAACAGAAGGAGUCCAGCAACGUCUCCCCUGUUCUGCAGCAGCAUAACAAGACCACAGUGUGUGUGUGCUGAAACACACACUGACACAUCAACCUGCUGCUUCCCACUGUCAACCUCGUCUCCAGUGGCGUUUCUAUUCUCUAUGUUUGAAAUUCUCCUACACAUUCACACAGUUCAAGCCACCCGUGCUCUACAGGUUGUGGAAAGACUUCUUGCUCAGCACCAGUACAAUAUUCAUUUAAAAACUUAAGUUUUCUUUGGAGGAGUGCUCUUUAAUAACAGUUGUAAGUAUGACUACUGAUGUCGGUGUAGAUGUUAUGCAUUUUAUAGUUGGGUAUUGCAAAGUAAGUAACUGUUAUUGAAAAGAAAUAUAUAUAUUUUUAUACAUUCUUUUAUUGAUCAAUGAUAACACAUGAACAUUUUGUUGACCUCCACGACAGCUAUCAUCUCCUCCUCACUCUGUCCAUAUUCCAUUGUGUGCACACCCUGUGUUUAAACCUAUUAAUGUGUUUUUACUCUAAUCAUUUUAUUUAAUAACUGGAGAUUUGUCUUGAAUAUAAACUUACGGUGCUGCUACAGUCACAAACCAUAAGCUACUACAUUGUGUAUAUUGAUAUAUAAAUAUAUGUAAUAAGUGUUUGUAGCAUUUUCUUUUUAUUUGAGAGUAUGCAUUUGUCAACACAUCUUCCCUGUGAGGUUUCACAUGAUGGAUUUUUAAACAUUUGAAUUGCACAUGGCAUCUUAAAGGACAGCUCCACUCUCUUAAUCAUCUUCCAUUGUUGUUAUUUGUAAUGAAGCGUCAGAGUGUAGUUUUGUGGUGUCUUCACUUCCACUGAGCCUGCUCCACCCAUUCAUACAUCAGGUACUGAUUUUCUAUGUUUCCGAGAAUGCCUUUCAACAGCCCUCUGCUGCGCUGAAGCUUUUGCAGAUGUUGGAAUGUCUGUAUCUAUAAUAAUGGAUUUUGCCCUCCGCGUUUGCUGAACUUCCAGAUGGCUCUAAAACAAAGACUUCCUUUGGUUCUGAGGGAUAGACACAAAACCUGAUGUUUACAAUCAAUAUUGAUGAUCAUUUUGUGCUGCCAGAUUUCCAUUGUGGCUGCACUGGAGGUAUCAGUGGUGUCAUGCUGUCUACGUAUGACCAUACAUCUGUUAGAAUGAGAAAAAUGCUUCAUCACAAGCAUGUUGGUCUCUACACACAGGGUACUGUCCAUCCUGCUACCUUGUUUUAUCUCGAUUGCAACAAGACAAUAACUGUUCUUUCUUUUUUCUUGAGGCUGAUUGAGAGGUUUCUUUAGCAUUCCCCUUAUACAAGCCGUCCCUCUUGCUGCAGCUGCAGUUUCAUUGUUACUGAUGUAUGCACAAGGCUCAUUUGUGAGUAGAUACACUCUGCAUGGGCUUUCUAAGAGAAUAUUUUUGCACUAUUAUGGUGUGGCCGUGCCCCGUUUUGCCGUUUUUAUUACACGACAAUGUAUGAUUCAAAUGAGGAAAUAUUUACUGCGAGAGUAUAAUGACACAGGUAAGACAGAUGUCUCAAUCUCUGUAAUCUAAUGUAAUGAUGAUGUAGGAAGUUGUAGCAGUAUGGAUUGGAUAAAAUGUUGUACAAUGUUGAUUGACACUGUUGAAGGAAUGAUAAGGUUCGUGUUUGAUAUAUUCUCUCUACAGUCUGUUACUUCGCUCGGGAUCCCCGUAUGACUUUUCUAUACUAUUUUUGAGAAUUCUCACAAAUCUUAAUCUACUUAUAUUUACUGUUGAAUAAUGACAUCCCUGAUUCAGGUGGUUGUGCUAACAGCAUAAAGUGCAUGUGUACGAUGUAAAUGUGAAAAACACUUACCUGGAAAUGAACCUAUUUAAAUAAAAAGUUCUCUGACGUAAAGUAAUUAA